GCAGUCGGGCCCUGGUCGCCACGGUAACGCGCGCGGGGCGGGAGUCCCAUCAUGAGCAUCCGGGGGUCGCGGGCCGCGUGGGCCUGGGGUCUGGGCGCUCGCUGCCGCCGCGGCGCCUCGAGCUUCCCGCUGCCCCCGCCGGGCGCCGCGGACGUGGCGAAGCUGCUGCGAGAAGCGACGGCGGCGGAGGAGGAGCCCCCGCCGGCUCCGGCGCGGCGAAUGCCGGGCCAGUCCUCGGUGCUGCUCUUCCCGGGCCAGGGCAGCCAGGUGGUGGGCAUGGGCCGCGCUCUGCUCGGCUACCCGCGCGUCCGCGAGCUCUACGCCGCCGCACAACGCGUGCUGGGCUACGACCUGCUGGAGCUUAGCCUGCACGGGCCGCAGGAGGAACUGGACCGCACCGUCCACUGCCAGCCCGCCAUCUUCGUGGCUUCUCUGGCCGCGGUGGAGAAACUCCACCACCUACAGCCCGCGGUUAUUGAGAAUUGUGUUGCUGCUGCUGGAUUCAGUGUGGGAGAAUUUGCAGCCCUAGUGUUUGCCGGAGCCAUGGAAUUUUCUGAAGGUUUGUAUGCAGUGAAGGUCCGAGCUGAGGCCAUGCAGGAAGCCUCAGAAGCUGUCCCCAGUGGGAUGUUGUCUGUCCUUGGCCGGCCCCAGUCCAAGUUCACCCUUGCCUGUUUGGAAGCCCGGGAACACUGCAAGUCUCUGGGCAUAGAGAGCCCCGUGUGCGAGGUGUCCAACUACCUCUUUCCUGAUUGCAGGGUGAUCUCAGGACACGUCGAGGCUCUGCAGUUUCUCCAGAAAAAUUCCUCUAAGUUUUACUUCAGACGCACCAAGAUACUGCCGGUGAGUGGGGCAUUCCACACCCGCCUCAUGGAGCCAGCCUUGGAGCCCCUAGCGCAAGUUUUAAAGACAAUUGACUUGAAGAAGCCUCUGGUUUCCGUCCACUCCAAUGUCAACGGGAACAGAUACAUGCAUCCCAAACACAUCCAGAAGCUGCUGGUCCAGCAAGUGGUCUCCCCAGUGAAGUGGGAGCAGACCAUGCAUGCCAUAUACGAGAGGAAAAAGGGCACCGAGUUCCCCAGGACGUUUGAGGUGGGCCCUGGGCAGCAGCUGGGCACCAUCCUGAGAAGCUGUAACCUGCAGGCCUGGAAGUCCUACAGUGCCAUGGAUGUGCUGCAGGCCAGCGAGCACCUGGACCCUGAGGCAUCUCCAUGAUGACUGCUGGGGUUAAAUGGGGUGACCCCGUCUGUCCUCCCCAGUAGGGGCUGUGGGCUGUGCCUGCCCCACCCUCCCUCCCUGACGGCUCCUCUGAGGAGUAAUAGAGCGGUUUUUUGCAAUGUGCUUUGAAGACCACAGAAAAAGCACUAAAAGUGAGUGUUUCUUUA